CGGACUCACGGGGUGACCAUCUUCCAAUAUAUUGGGGAGCUUUGCCGCUACCUGGUUAACCAGCCACAGAGCCCGGCUGAUCGGGAGCAUUCCUUGCGCUUGGCCGUGGGCAGCGGGAUGCGGCCGGACGUCUGGCGUGAAUUCCUCCGCCGCUUCGGAAACAUCAAAGUGGUGGAAACAUACGGCAUGACCGAAGGGAACGUCACCCUCUUCAACUACACCGGCACUGUGGGGGCCGUGGGGCGCGGCUCCUGGAUUUAUAAGUGUUUCAGUCCCUUUGAGUUGGUUCGUUUCGACGCUGUCCAAGGCGGUCCGCUAAGGGAUGAGGCCGGACGGUGCCAGCGUGUGGACAUAGGGGAACCGGGACUCCUGAUUUCUCCGGUGACAUUUCGUAACCCGUUUCUCGGAUACGCCGGUGGGCGCGAGCUGACCGAGGCAAAGAUGCUACAUGGCGUCUUCUCCGAUGGGGACGUUUAUUUCAACUCCGGGGACUUGAUGGUGCAAGACGCCAAAGGGUUUAUCAGCUUUUGGGACCGUACGGGAGACACCUACCGUUGGAAAGGUGAAAAUGUGGCCACCACAGAAGUCGGGGAGACUUUGAGCAUGUUGGACAGUUUGCGGGAAGUCACAGUUUACGGCGUGUCCGUUCCAGGAUGUGACGGCCGGGCAGGAAUGGCCACUUUAGUGCUACAGCCGGACGCAAACUUUGACGGCCCUCAAAUCUACCAGCACGUGGCCGAGCUGCUCCCGCCAUACGCCUGGCCUCGCUUCCUGCGUCUCCAGGAGCAGCUGGAGAUGACGGAAACCUUCAAGCAGAAACGGUUCCGUCUCGUGGAGGAAGGAUUUGACCCCAGACGGAUCUCCGACCCGCUUUACGUGCUGGACAUCGGCGCGAGGACUUAUGUCCCUCUCACUCUGGACGCCUGGACGAAGAUCGCCGUGGGGGAGCUACGUCUGUAACAGACACUGUGUCAGGAUUCCGGCAGUUACCCCCCCAUUUAAAUCCUGAGUCUCGAACCAAAUUUCCAAAACUUCCAAAGGAUUUAUUGGGAGUUAACAUGCCGGCACUGCCUGAGUGCAGCUGACUCUGAGAUACAUCAUUCACGGUCACUCUUGACCCUGGUUUUCCCCCUGGGUGUAUUGUAAUUCAUAUUCUCCAAUGGGACACCUCCAUAGCCCAGAGUCAUCCAUCAUGCUCUCCGGUUAGAUAUUUGCACGGCAGAAACUUCGGUCACCUAGUUACUAUCUUUGAAAAAACAUUGAUGGAAUGCACUUUCGGUUUUGUCCUCGACUUAUAAUGGAGGCAGGAAUCAAACUUUGCUGAGCUGGGCCGCUGUAAAAAAAAAUCAAAUAUUUAAAAUUCCCAUCGUCCAUCCCGCCGCCUGUUAUUUCGAUGCCUCUCCUCCCUUCCAUACCCGAGCUGAUUUUACGGCAUUUAUUUUUUUUCCCCUCGUGGCUGUCCUUCAGCAAAAUUGUGCAGUCAUUAAGUGCGCCCUUGUCCACGAAGAGCCAGAAAACCGGAAUUUAAACCUCGCUUUCUGGUUAAAAAAAAUAAAUAGAGCAAAUCAGGAGGCUGCCGAUGGUCCCUUGCGCAGAGUGUGGGAGGCGUGGUCGUGAUGUGGAAACUGGAUGGGAAGCUUAUGUCGUAAGUCGGGGAUGCUCAACGGUCGUAAUCCGAGGCCUGCCUGUAUUCCUGAAUCCUCCUACCUCUAUUCUCACACAACCUGUUCCUUGCAACGCAACCGAUUUUUACAAAUUGGGGCUGGAUUCUCCAAUGUUUCUCAUUUUUUUUCCUACGAGGUCUUUAAAAAUCUAAAUAUUCUUCUUUUUAUAUCUGACCCACAUCGCCUGCCUACCCCCAAACCCAGGACACAAAACACCCUCUGGGGCUGGGUGAUUUUUCUCACGGUUGACUGGGGGGGGGGGAAAUUCCCCUUUUUUGGGGGGUGGGCAUCGCCGAAGCUUGGGAGAGCAUUUGUAACCCUAAUUUCCUCCGUCUUCUAUUAAAUCCCUGAUUGGGAGGUGCUGAGAUUAGACCCAUUUUAAAGACUGGGGAAACUGAGGCCCAGGUAGGAGUCAUAAGCUAAGGGAUGUAUGUUAUAUGGUGGCUUUUGUUAGUAUUUUGGUUUUUUUUUUCUUAGGAAUUGUAUGUCAUGACUUUGUAUUUAAUCAACCCGCCUAAUUUGGGGUGUAAGAUUUGUUAACCGUGGUUUAUUUACUCUUAGGAGCUAUGCAAAAGUCAGGAAAGGGCUGACCUAACCAGCAUUUUUUGCACUUUGGAUACAAAAGCAACCCCCGGUUUUCUCCCUCCACCCCAAGCAAUGCAAUCGGUGGCCUACCUCGCAAGGGCAGUUUUCCCCUCUCCUUGCAAUCUUUCUAGCCAGGACGGAUAAAUCAGUCCAGAGCUGCUCACCGUGAUGCCUCGGAUGGGGUGAAUCUAUUUCAAUUCCACAGGGGGGGGGGGGGGGGGGGGGGAUUCAGAUCUUUUAAACCAGCUAUCAUGUCUGUUUCAAAGUUGGGGUUUGUUUGUU